CGCGCAGCAGGAAACGACGCGUGGAGCGUAGCGGUUGCGCAUCCUCGGAGCAGCGCCGCGCCGGCACUUUCUUCUUUGACGGGCGCGGGAGCGGAGGCGUUUGGCGGGCAUGGAGAGCAAGAAGAAGAUAACGUGCCCGCUUGUCACUGCUGUGUUUGUUGCUGUCAUUGGGUCUCUCCAGUUUGGGUACAACACAGGAGUCAUCAAUGCUCCUGCAGAGAUUAUCAAGGGCUUUUUUAAUGAAUCAUGGGUAGAGCGGUCGGGAGCCCCGAUGUCCGACACACUGCUGACCUCACUGUGGGCACUCUCUGUGUCAAUUUUCUCAGUAGGAGGGAUGAUUGGCUCUUUUUCUGUUGGACUUUUCGUCAACCGAUUUGGCAGGCGAAACUCUAUGUUGCUGGUGAAUAUUUUGCCCAUUUCAGGUGGCAUUUUGAUGGGCUUCUCCCGAAUGGCAAACGCUUUGGAAAUGUUCAUUGCUGGCCGGCUUGUUGUUGGUCUCUACUGCGGCCUCUGCACCGGCUUUGUGCCCAUGUAUAUCAGUGAGGUCUCCCCCACUGCCUUGCGAGGAGCUUUUGGCACACUGAAUCAGCUGGGUAUUGUCGUGGGUAUCCUGGUGGCACAGAUCUUUGGCCUAGAUGUCAUCCUGGGAAGUAAAACUCUCUGGCCACUACUGGUAGGAUUAACUGUUGUCCCAGCCGUCUUGCAGUGUGCAGCACUGCCAUUCUGUCCCGAGAGCCCACGAUUCCUGCUGAUCAACAGGAUGCAGGAAGAGAAAGCACAUGCAGUUCUCCAGAAGCUCCGUGGUACCCAAGAUGUGUCCAGUGAUAUUGAGGAGAUGAAAGAAGAGAGUGCCAAGAUGUCUCAAGAGAAGAAAGUGACGAUUCCUGAGCUCUUCCGUUCCCCCAGCUACCGCCAGGCCAUCAUCGUUGCCAUUAUGCUGCAGCUCUCCCAGCAGCUCUCUGGCAUCAACGCAGUCUUUUACUAUUCUACUGAGGUUUUUGAAGAUGCUGGAGUGAAACAGCCGGUGUACGCUACCAUUGGUGCCGGUGUGGUCAACACCAUCUUUACAGUUGUAUCGCUCUUCCUUGUUGAGCGUGCAGGCCGAAGAACGCUCCAUUUGAUUGGCUUAGGAGGCAUGGCCAUCUGUGCUGUCGCCAUGACUAUUUCCUUGGCAUUGAAGGGCGUUGUAUCCUGGAUUGGCUACCUCAGCGUUGUUGCCACUUUAGCCUUUGUGGCUCUCUUCGAAAUUGGCCCUGGCCCAAUCCCCUGGUUCAUUGUGUCUGAACUAUUCAGCCAGGGGCCUCGUCCCGCAGCUGUGGCUGUAGCUGGCCUUUCAAACUGGACGUCCAAUUUUCUGGUGGGCAUGCUGUUUCCGAUCCUAAAGAAAGCCCUCAACCAUUAUGUCUUCCUCAUCUUUGUUGGUUUCCUCAUCAUCUUCUUCUUAUUCACCUUCUUUAAAGUCCCUGAGACAAAAGGCCGGACUUUUGAAGAGAUCUCCAGUGGCUUUGAAAGGAGAAGAGAGGAUGGUGUUCUUCCAGCAACCACGGAAAAGGGGCCAAUGGUGGAACUGACUAGCAUACAGCCCACUAAAGACGUUGCACCAAAUAUUUAAAAUAAUGUUCUGUUCUUGACACUUUCUUGGUUCUGAGGAUAAUCCUCACAGGGGGGAAGCAGAGAUACUUUUUUAAUUGCUGCUAUUUCUUCAUUUCCCCCUCAGCCUUUCCUUGUGUGCCAAGACUCUUGCCACAUGCUAAAACAAGUUAAAUGCAGGGAAACUUUCCUUGCUUACAGUGCUGGAAGGCAAUACAGCUUUACCAUUCUCCCUUCCCUGUCACUCAUUCGUAGAGACCUAAGAAAUGGCUCCCUCCCCCGCCUCUUUUUAAUGCAUUCUCCUUGCAUCAUUACAUGGGCCUAACCCUGUAUAAGGGGGUUCUGGUCAUUUACAGCAUUGAAGCAAAUUACUUUCCUGUAAGUGAACUAAUGGCUUCUCCUAUGGUCCUUCUCUUGCCAGAGUGUUUUCUACAGUGUGGAUGUGGGGAAUGGCUGUCCAGGAUUAUUUAAAUCAUGGGUGUGUAUGGGAAAGAGCUAUUUAUUUCAUCAAAUGGGAGUUUCCUUCAUCUUCGGGAAAUAGGGAUAAAGAGAAAAUAUCCCCCCCCCCCUUUUGUACUAUUCAAGAAAAAUUGUUUACUAGAGUUUAUUUAUUCCUGUGUCAUUUUGCUUGUAAAUAUUUAUUUUUAUGUAAAAUAGAAGGUAGUGCGGACUGGGAAUCACUAUGACUGUCAAAGCAUUUUGGUGGUAGGCAGUGAAAUACCAAAGAGGAAAGAGGUCACUCUGUAGGUGGUGUACGGCCCUGCGGAGAUUGCGCUUAUCUCCUUUUAAAAGGGUCUGCUGUGCAGUUAGGAAAACUGAGCCUUGGAGAGAACAAGCCUGUAGUUCAAUGGACACUUCUGUGCUUUACCAGACUAUUUGGUGAAUGUGUUGAAUACCUGUCAUUAAGUAUUACUUGAAAAUUGUAAUGUCAUCCCAUUUCCAGCUUAUAGGCUGGAGGCCGUUUCUUGUAGUGAUUUUUGAAGACAUGAAUGAAUUUCCUGUGGCUGCUAAUGUGUGAACAUAUUAUUCAGGAAGGGGAACAUAAAUGUCUUAUUUCGAGACCCAUCCAAACAGUCUUUAUGGACCUCAGUAUUUGUAGGGUCUCCUAAUUUGCAUUUGCAAUAUGAGGAUUGAGCCUUUCUGUGAGGGCAUCCACCUCACACUCUGCAGUAGUGAGAAGUGAAAAACCAUCUCUGGAGGCCUCUCUGUAGGUUCCCCUGCAUUCCUCUUCUUUUCGAAGCAGAUGCAAUUCUGUAUCAAAUUUUCAUGCAUAUUAGGGUCCUGGAAUUCACGCUGUCGCUUAAAGGCAUUGUGAAGUAGUAAGAUGACAUUGACCUACCGUUUCUUGUGGCAGUCAUGAUAGUUUAGUGGUUUGUUCUCGUUCUCUCUCUCUCUCUCUCUC